AAUGAACAGUUGAACUCCAGUGCAGCGUCACGCUUAGCCCUCGGCCCGCCUCCGUUGUUAUUCCAGGCCAUUGUUCAACUUUCCAACUCUCCCUCCUCCCUCACGAUUUGCUGUGUCAUGUUAAGUUUCUCACAGGCUAAUGUGGUUUGUGCUGAGCUGUCUUCCUGUUUUCAUUCCUCUUGUCUAGUGGGAGGGAAGAGGAGGAGGAGGGUAUAAAAGCACAGCUGGAUGGCACAAGCUGUACAAAGAGGCUCGCAAAAGACUGAGUAACUUUGGAGAAGUUCAACCUGACUUAGGAGAAGAGCAACACAAUGGAGACGCAGAAGACGCAAAAAGCUGGAAAGGAUCUGUCAGAACAAAUCAAACAGGUAACAAUGGAAAGUCACAUGAGGGCAGAGAACACUGAGUUAAUGCUGAGCUUCCAGAAGGGACAAGUCACCAUGCAGCAGUAUAAGCUUCUCCUCAGUUCCCUUCAUGAGAUCUACCAGACCUUGGAGGAGGAGCUGGACAAGAACUCAGGCCACCCCGCAGUGGAACCCAUUUACUUUCCAUCUGAGCUGGCCAGGCUGGAGCCUAUUGAGAAAGAUCUGGAGUUUUUCUACGGUCCAGACUGGAAGCAGAAGAUCGUGGUGCCUGCAGCCACGACAAGAUACUGUGACAGACUCCGAAAGAUCGGGAAGGAGAACCCAGAGUACCUGGUAGCCCACGCUUACACUCGUUACCUCGGCGACUUGUCUGGCGGUCAGGUCCUAGGUCGUAUCGCCCAAAAGUCCAUGGGCUUGAAGAACGGUGAGGGCUUGUCCUUCUUCGCCUUCCCCGGUGUGUCCAGCCCCAACCUGUUCAAACAGCUCUACCGCAGUCGCAUGAACGUCCUGGAGUUGAGUGAGGAACAGAGGAAAGGCGUCCUGGAUGAGGCUGUCAAAUCCUUUGAGCUAAACAUCCAGGUCUUUGAGGAUGUGCAGAAGGUGCUGAAUGUCACCGAAAAGCAGAUGGACUCCAAAAAUGUGAAAUGCAAGAAUACUCUGCAAAGCUCCAUGAUGAGCAAUUCAUUCUACCGGAUGCUUCUCGGAAUCUUCGUGGCUGUUGUCACCAUGGGAAUCUGUAUGUCAUAGGGCAUAAUAUGAGCCAACUCAAGAGUCCUGCUGACGUACAAUGUUAUUUUUCCCUCCAACCUACAAAAAAGACUGAAAACGUUAUAAAUAUAAAUACCAGGCCAUAGGUUGGUGAAAUUUAUGUGAGAAAACACAAUUGACAUUCUUUGAGCACCCACACCCAGUAGUUUAUACGAAAGACGACCCUUCUGGUCCUAUUUCUGGACUGAUGGUGCCAACUUUAAUUUGUAAAUAAUGUUAAAUGAAGCUGUUACAUUGACAUUCUACAGUACAAGCCCAGCUCAAUAUCCCUGGACUCCGUGAACAAAAUUGAGAUUAAUCCCUAAGUAUUCUUAUUUUUUUUUUAAUAUUUCACCCAGGUCCCUCCAAAUCAUUGACAAUCCAUACAUUAGUUAAUUGUUUGUGUAGGUAAAAAGGAAUAUGUUUCAGAACUACGUCAAGUGAACCAGAAAGUUUAUUUAAAUUGUGUCUCUCAGUUUGUUAGUUUGAAACUUGUUUCACUCUUAGUGCGCAUAUUGUGUCACAUUUCUUUGAACUUUUACAAUUUACUGUAGCAUAACUGUACAUACAUUUUAAUCAUACACUGUAAUGUCUAAUUUGACUGUAACGUAAAACAUGUAUUUUUAUAUGAGGAAGUUUUAUUAAAAUGAUUUGUUGUAAAUUA